CUCUGUUCAAUCUGCUUUGGAAAUCGUCUGAAUAUUUUGUUGAAUUCUCCCUUUAAAUCGCUUUCAAUUUCACUUCCCACUCCAAAAGGCACCUCUAAUGGCAGUGGAUGCAUCAUCAAGCCACGGCUCUUCCCUCUCCGUCGACGAUAUAUACUUCUCUGUCCUUCACGAACACCAAUCCGUCUUCCCAAUCUCCGACGAAAUCUUCGCCGAAGAGUUACAGCUCCAGGAAUCAAUCGCUUCCUCCUUAUUCACUUCGACAAUAAUGUCCAAUAAACCAUCGCCCAACCCCGAAUCUUCUGGUUCUACAACCCUAUGCACAAUCUGCACCGAUACCAAAUCCGCCUCCGAAAUGUUCACAUCCACCGGCUGUUCCCAUACAUUCUGCGCCGAUUGCAUCUCAAAACACAUAGCCGCAAAGCUCGAGGAUUCCAUGGCGGUGAAAUGCCCAGAGCCAAAAUGCGCGGCGGUGCUGGAACCGGAAAUGUGCGAUUCGUUCGUUCCGAAAGAGGUGUUGGAGAGAUGGGGAGAUGCUCUGUUGAAGGCAAUGCUUCUGAAGUGGAAGAUGGUGUACUGUCCAUUCAAAGACUGCUCGGCAGGGAUGGUGGACGAGGAAGAUAUGGAGGCGGUUGAAUGCCCUAAGUGUUGGAGAAUGUUCUGCGCCAAGUGUGGAGUGGGAUGGCAUGGGGACAUGAACUGCACGGAGUUUCAGAGAUUGCUUAAGAACGGAGGAGUAGACAGAGAGGAGGAGAUGACGAUGAAACUGGCGGAUGAACGGAAAUGGAAGCGAUGCCCUCAUUGCAAGAUAUUAGUCGAGAAGAUCGAAGGUUGCCUCCAUAUUACCUGCAGGUGCGGAUCGGAAUUUUGCUACUGCUGUGGAGCUAAGUGGAAUGGCCACCAUGCAUGUCCGCCCUCAGCUUAUGAACGUACGGCCUAUCGACGUUGACUUGCACCCGCCGGUCGUCCUUAAUUAAUA